ACUGACCAGGAAGCUUUGAUAACAGUGUUAAACUGCGUGAGCGGUGUGAGCUGCGUUUACUGUGUUUACUGUGUUUGUAUUGACGUCGUUAUCUCGCUAAAUAUAUUUGGACAGAAUGGCAGUUGACUGGCUCGGCUUUGGCUAUGCAGCAGCUAUUGCAAUCGGAGGCUUCAUUGGAUAUAAAAGAAAAGGAAGCUUGAUGUCACUGAUUGCGGGAUUGUUUUUUGGUGCUAUAUCUGCAUAUGGGGCCUUUAAGAUAACAGUUGACCCAAGUGACAAAUGGCCCUCUCUUGUUGCUUCUGGGGCUCUGGCAGUUGUGAUGGGAAUAAGAUUUAAGAACUCUGGGAAAUUAAUGCCUGCAGGUAUAAUGACUGGAUUAAGCUUACUGAUGGUUGUGCAGCUGCUGCUUCUCUGAAAAUGGACCUUGUCACAAUACCAUAAUAUUGUUUUAAAAAAUUCCAUUUGUAUUGUACAUUCCAAAUAAAAAAUUUUAAGCAUUA